GGGGAAAAGGUGUCACACGCGCCUUGCGCACCACACGCGCACAGCACAGGUAUUUUGCCGGCGGUCCCUGCUCGAGCCUGCUGCUGCUGCGGACUUUUUAAUAUGUUCAUCAGAACUGUAGCUCGCCUGGGAUUUGCUGUCGGGGUAGACUAGCCACUGUAAUUCAUGUAGUUAGAUCUUAAGUAAUAGGGUUCAAAUACCACCUAAUCUCUCCAGACUAUUAAACGUUGACCAGCGGACUGACGGAGUUCUUCACUGCAGCAACACUCCGCACUGACCACACGUCCUCCUGACCGUUUUAUCACAUUUUACUUUACAUUUCAACUUCAUUUCUCCCUUUGGCUUUGUCAUUUAUGACCAUUUAAUAUUGUUGCACUCAUCGGGAAAAUUUUGCUAACUUCGACGCUCCUCGGAUCUUGUUUUAUUUCUUCGGGAUCCUUGUGAAAGUCCCGUUACGCGCUGGAUAUGUGGUGGAUGUUGUUUCCUCGAUGGAUCUGGUUUCUCUUUGGACAGUGCUACGUCUUGCUCCUGAUCAUAGACAGCUGUGUGAGGGUGAAAGCGAUGCCAAUGUCCAUGCCCAACAAAGUGGUGUACUCUCACGCGGGCAUGUGCCCCAACGAGAUGAACCCCAACCUGUGGGUGGACGCCAUGAGCACCUGUAUGCGCGAGUGCGAGUUGGACCGGGUGAGUUUCUGGGAUCAGUUUUCCUCGCGGGCUGGAGACAAAUAGGGGACACUUUAUUGUGUCAAAAGUUUAUCUACAUAAAGUUUCUGCAAUUUCAUUCAUGGAAUGAAAGGUGGAGAUAAGUGGGACAUGCGCACUCCGCACUGUUUUUGGUCAUUAAAAUUCAAUUGUGACCACAUUGCCUCUGUUGUUUAUUUCUGCAUUUCUCUUUGAAUUAGAUUGAAUAUCUCCUCAAUCAGAUAUUUGUUCAUAGACUACAGUUUUUGGAAAUAGCAGACACUGGUGUAUAUACCCACAAUAUUACAUUUGUUGUCAACAGAUUGUUCACCUAGUCAGCUCAGUAAUUCGAACCAGCAACCUUUCAGUUACUGACCCAACACUCUUAAGCGCUAGGCUACCUGCCACCCAUGACUAUUCACUCUAAUAACUUGUAUUACUCUGCAUUAAGAGAUAUUGAGAAGUAAGCACGUAAAAUGUAUAGCCUACAAUACCAACCUCACAUUGCAUAGUAUUGUUUCAUUACAUUAGAAAAUGCAUCACUCUCAAGUUCCUUAACAUCCUAUAUGUUCCCUGAGUGCAUAAUGAACUGAACCAUGCUGAUCCUAACAGAACACCUCCCAUGUAUCCCCUAUCACCCCCAAGGACUGUGAAAACUUUGAGAAAUGCUGCAACAACGUGUGUGGGAACAAGAGCUGUGUGGCGGCGCGCUACAUGGACAUUAAGGGCAAGAAGGGGCCGGUUGGCAUGCCAAAAGGGGUCAAGUGUGACAAGUUCAUGUGUACGCAGCAGGGCUCCGAGUGCGACAUCUGGGAGGGCCAGCCCGUGUGUAAGUGCCGGGACCGCUGUGAGAGAGAGCCCCACUUCACAUGCGCCUCAGACGGUAUGACCUACUACAACAAGUGUUACAUGGACGCAGAGGCCUGCUCCAAGGGCAUCUCUAUCUCUGUGGUCACCUGCAGGUACCACCUCACCUGGCCAAACACCAGCCCGUUGCCCAUGGAGACCACCCUGCGGCCAACCACUGCCCUCCUGGAGACCACCCCCCCGGCCGACAUCCAUCCUCCAAUGAUGCUCAGCAGCCCCACUCAGCAGGCUGUGUUCGUGGGCGAGACAGCCAGCUUCCUGUGCGAAGUGUCAGGUAAGCCCAGUCCGGAGGUGACCUGGGAGAAGCAGCUGGAGGGCAAGGAGAACACAGUGAUGAGGCCCAAUCACGUGCAGGGGAACGUAGUGGUCACCAACAUCGGCCAGCUGGUCAUCUACAAUGCCCAGCAACAGGACGCCGGCAUCUACACCUGCACGGCCAAGAACCUGGGGGGGGCUGUGACCUCCCACAACCCCCUGUCGGUGAUCCAGAGAGACACGGGCCGGAAGGAGGGUGAGGUAGGGAAUGCCACCAACCCGUUCCCCUUCCCCGCCGAAGAGUGCCUGAAGGGGCCAGACAGUGACGACUGUGGGGAGGAGAGCAUAAGCUGGUACUACGAAGCCAAGAGGAACAACUGCUUCACCUUCACCUACAGCCAGUGCAACAAGAACCGCAACCACUUUGACAGCUACGAGACAUGCAUGUUGUCGUGCGGGGCGGAGCUGUCGGCUCCCUGCUCCCUGCCCAGCCUGCAGGGACCCUGUAAGGCCUACGAGCCCCGCUGGGCCUACAGCAGCACCCUCAAACAGUGCCAGUCCUUCAUCUGGGGCGGCUGUGGAGGCAAUGAAAACAACUUUGAAUCCAAAGAGGCCUGCGAGGAGAUGUGUCCUUAUCCGAAGAACCAUAACUGUAAGAUGUGUAAACCGCGGGGCAAGAUGGUGACCAGCUUCUGCAAGAGCGACUUCAUCAUCCUGGGGCGCGUGACAGAGUUGCCUGAAGAACAGGACUCGGGCCACGCCCUGAUCACCGUGGAGGAGAUCCUAAAGGACGAGAAAAUGGGCCUCAAGUUCUUCGGCCAGGAACCCUUGGAGGUGACCUUGAUGAACAUGGACUGGAACUGCCCAUGCCCAAACAUCACCACGGCCAACGGGCAGCUCAUCAUCAUGGGAGACGUCCACAACGGCAUGGCCGUGCUGCAGCCCGACAGCUUCGUGGGGAGCUCCACCGCACGCAGGGUCAGGAAGCUCCGAGAGGUCAUUCACAAGAAGACCUGUGACUUUCUCAAAGAGUUCCCAACAAACCAGUAGUUACUCUCUGAGAGAUCCCCACUAUCCUGUACAAGAGCUGUCUAUGUCAAGAAGAGCAAACUGGUUCUAGCAUCCAGUAGUAGCUAUUGUCUGAGAUUUCCCCACUAUCCAGUAGGGAAGAUAUCUAGAAGAGUAGACUGGGACUUUUUCAAAGUUUCUUACCAUUCAGUAGCCGG